AAGGGUCGAAAGGAUGGAUUCAUUGACCACAGAUUAAAGAAAACUUUGAAAUCUCCGAAACAGCCUCGUCUCUCUGGAGAUCACUUUGAUAUCUUCCUAUUCUUCUUCGUCUUACUCAAUCAUUAAUUAAUUAUAAAUUAUUACUAUUAGUAUUAUUUAUUAUUAUUUUUUUAUUAAACCCAUUUGGUUUUCUUCUUCCUCUUCUUGUUCUUCUUCAGCUUGGGUUAUUCAACCAAUAAACUCUGGAACAUAGAUGACCCGGGUCAUUUUCUGAUCCGAGUAAGACUACCCAUGAAGGUUUUUAGCAUAUAUAAUUCCCAAAGUCAGGAUUUGAAUGAGUUCUAGAGGUUUAUGAAGACUCAGUUCUUGUAAUUGCUUGAUUUGUCAUAUCAAGUUUAAUUGGGGUAUUGGAGUUUGAUAGAUUUGGAGAGAUACCCAAGUGACGAUCUUGGGUUUUUAGGAUACCAAGAGUCUGUGGGGGGGAAUUGGAAGAUGUCUGGAGUGCAAGAUCAGCUAGAGAUCAAGUUCCGGUUGACUGAUGGAUCGGACAUCGGCCCCAAAAGCUUUUCUGCGGCGACAAGUGUUGCAACCUUGAAGGAAAGCAUCCUUGCUCAAUGGCCUAAAGAGAAGGAAAAUGGUCCAAGGACGGUAAAAGACGUAAAGUUAAUUAGUGCUGGAAAAAUACUGGAGAAUAACAGAACAGUGGCAGAGUGCAGGAGCCCACUAUGUGAUAUUCCUGGGGGACUUACAACCAUGCAUGUUGUUGUUCAGCCGCCGCCUAUAGAAAAAGAAAAGAAAGUGGCAAAUGAACCAAAGCAGAGCAAGUGUGUUUGUGUUAUAUUAUAAAUUUCUGAACCAAGAGCAGGAAGAACACUGAUGGCUGGUUUUAUAGAUAAAAAAAAAGCUGGAUAUGGCAUACAUAUUGAAAUCAUUGAAUUGUGACCGAUAAGAACAGUUGGUGAGAUGCACAUUCACAUCAUGUUUCGCUGCUGGUCUUUGUGUUCAUAUAGUUGUUGCAUUUUAUCCAUUUGGCAUGUUUUGUUUGUUUUUUUCUUUACGCUUUUUUUCUAUUUCUGCACCAUAACCCGAGAUUCCUCUAUUUGAAUUUGUUACAUUUUUAAUAAUAUAAUUUAUAGUUGCACAAUCUAA